GACGUAACGCGCAAAGAACGUAACAUUUACGAAAAAGUACACAGCAGAAGCGGCUAACGGGGUUUUGUCUCUUCGUCGUCAUCAAGCGACGUUUUCAAUACGCGUUCCCUUUUCUUUCUUUUUUUUUUUAAAUCAAAGGUGUCUGACUCGGGAUCAAGAUGUCGUACAUGCUACCGCAUCUCCACAACGGCUGGCAGGUGGACCAGGCCAUCCUGUCCGAAGAGGACCGGGUCCUCGUGAUCCGCUUCGGCCACGACUGGGACCCGACGUGCAUGAAGAUGGACGAGGUUCUCUACAGCAUCGCGGAAAAGGUGAAGAACUUCGCAGUCAUCUACCUGGUGGACAUCACAGAGGUGCCCGACUUCAACAAGAUGUACGAGUUGUACGACCCCUGCACCGUCAUGUUCUUUUUCAGGAACAAACACAUCAUGAUUGAUUUGGGGACUGGAAACAACAACAAGAUCAACUGGACGAUGGAGGACAAGCAGGAGAUGAUAGACAUUGUGGAAACGGUGUACCGGGGAGCCAGAAAAGGAAGAGGUCUGGUGGUGUCUCCAAAGGACUAUUCCACAAAAUACAGAUAUUGAUUUUUAUUUAUUUUUUACUUCAAUUUUUUUUUAGAGACAUUUCUUUUUUUGGUGACAUGACACACAGACGGCAAGUUACAAAAGUCACGGAAGAUCUCUUUCAACAUUUUUGUUUUUGCCGGUGAAACGGGACAAUAUUCUUAUUGAUGAUCGUGUUACAUUGAGCCUUUGGUGGGUUGUUUUUUUUGUGUACACUUGACGUUAAAUUCAGUUUCAACAACAAGUUUUGUGUUGUUUUUUUUGUGUUUUUUUACACAAGUCAAUUCUGAGAAACUGGUGCUCAAGAAACUAGACACAGUAAAAAGUCCCCGUACUUUAUUGUAAUAAACAUCAAUGGAUAUUUACAAAUUAAAGUCUUUUUGCUGUAGGUCCUUUCA